GAACGAGCCCAUCAGCUAAAGGUACCAAUAUGGCGGAGGCUUCCCUAGGGAGUUCAAGUCCAGUUGGCUCUUUAUCGUCAGAGGACCAUGACUUUGACCCAACAGCAGAAAUGUUAGUUCAUGAGUAUGAUGACGAGAGGACUCUUGAGGAGGAAGAAUCCCAGGAGGGAGGGAGAAACUUCAGCUCAGAGAUUGCAGAUCUUGAAAAGGAAGGGAAUAUGCCUUUGGAGGAACUUUUGGCCAUCUAUCGCUACGAGGCCUCAGCAGGCUCCAGUAUAGACAGCUCCUCUGGAGACCUGACUGAUGAGCUGCCUGACAUGACUCUGGACAAGGAGGAAAUAGCUAAAGACCUGCUAUCUGGGGACUAUGAAGAGGAGACCCAGUCCUCAGCUGAUGAUCUGACCCCUUCAGUCACCUCCCAUGAGGCUACUGAUUUCUUCCCAAGAACACUUCGAUCCAACGCUAUCUCUGAUGGCGAUAAAGAGUCAGAGUGUGAUGAAGAUGGCCCAAGCCCAGAAGACUCCAGAAAGGAAAUAAUGGUGGGAUCACAGUAUCAAGCAGAGGUUCCUUCUGGCCUGUGUCACUACAAAGAUGGGGAGAAAGUUUAUGAGGAUGAAGACGAGUUAUUAUGGAGCCCAGGUAAAUUGCCAGAAAACAAGGUUAGGACUUUCCUGUCUGACGUGUUGUCACGGACUACAAAUGAAAAGACAGGAUGUGACAAACCCUGGAUGCACAUUCGAGAUGAUGAGCAGGCUUUGUAUGAGCUUGUCAAGUGCAACUACAACAUCCGCGAAGCACUAGAGAGACACUGCAACCGUGUGAAGUCCUCAAAAGAAAAGUCACCAUCGUGGUCAGAAGAGGAAUGCAAGAACUUUGAGCACGCACUACAGAUGUAUGACAAGAAUUUUCACCUCAUACAGAAACAUAAAGUCACAACACGAACAGUAGCUGAAUGUGUGGCGUUUUACUACAUGUGGAAAAAGUCAGAGCGCUUUGACUUCUUUGUGCAGCAGAAUCGAUUUGGGAAGAAAAAAUACAGCAGCUAUCCUGGUGUAACUGACCUGAUGGAUAGGCUGGUGGAUGAAGCAGAGGGACUGGCAGUGGACAGUUCCUCCUCUGUGUGUUCAGGUGCAGGUGGAGGAGGAAGACUGGACACCACCACAGACCAACAGCUCAGCCUGCUUAACUCCAUCACUGCCAGCGACCUAACAGCUUUGAGUAACACUGUAGCCACAGUGUGCAACCCUGCAGACGUUGGUUGCAUGGACUCCUACAGUUUUCCUCCACUGGAAAGUCUCCAUCGUGGGUCCCUGAACCAUGACGAAUCCCUUGGUUUCCCUUCUAACGGCGCAGACCCCGACUGCCUCAACAUGCUCGACGCCGGCUUCUACCACUCUGAUCUUGGCCAGCUAGGAGGAGUGUGCGUCAACAAGGACUGUGAGCGGCCCUCCAAGAGACUCAAGAUGGCCCUACCUGACUCCUUUAUCAAUGACGUGUCUGUGGGUAACCUUGGAGUGGACUUCGAAGCGCGACGGACAUCAUCGCACCACCAUCGGAUCACUGGCGCCAAAAUGGCAGUCUCUGUCACAGACUUCGGGAGUUUGGCUGGCAGCGGGGAGCCAAAUGGGUUUCUGGGAGCACAUGCACGGCACCACACACAGCACACUGCAGCACUUCAGUCAGAGUGAUCUUCCUCAUCUUCAUCCCUUGUUCUUCCCUUUUGAAACCCCUUAUCCCACUUGUACAUAAGACUGACCUCACUGGAGAAUCCAAUUUGUUAAAAAAAAUUAUAUAUGUAUAUAUAUAUUACUUUUUUGUUUUCAUUUUUUGUGUAAUAUGACAUCAGUGAUGUCUAUCAUAUAGAACUAAAAUCUUGAUUUCUCUCAAGAGUUUAUAGCCAUUUAUUUUAUUAUCGUUUUGCGGUCUUGAGAUGUGUAAUGUCCAUGUAUGGAGGGGCCCAGAGGCUGCAGUAGGAGAGUUGUGUAUCUUCCUUCCUCACAUCUUCAGAGCUACAGUAUGUUAUCCUGCCAUUCUUUUCAGCUGCCAAAAUUGGCUCAGUUUUCUGCCUCUAGUCUCAGUAUUUAGUUGCUUGUCUUUGUUGUUUGAAGUGGUACUUUUUAAACUUAAUGUUUGGUUUACAGGUACUUUAGUAACCAGACUGGUGCAAAUGGUUAUAUUAGUCCCCAAAUAAACUUGGCUAGAUAUUGUAUGAAGAGCAACACUAGCAUGGAGAUUAGCUUGGAGUGUGGUGGUUUCAGCUGCUAAGGCCUUUCAGUUUGGUUUUCUUUUCAUUUUCUCCUGUGGAAGCUUGUCUGCAGUUGGUCUGCUUGUUUACUUUUUCAACUUUUCUAAAUGGCUUAACUGGAACAUGUGAUUAUUAUUUUAGUUUUAAUCCCAUUUAGUCAAACCCAAACUAAAGUCCCUAAUUUGUAACUUUAAAUAGCUCAUGAAGAAUACCUGUGCAGAGUAACAUUAUGGAAGUCCCUGGAUUUUUACAGUUGGAUUUUUUUUUUUUUAAACUGCCUCUUUCUAAACAGGUAUUUGUCAGAAAAACAAACCAUAGCAGCAAUAUUGAAAUGCAAAGAUAUUGGUUAAAUAAUUAGUAAUUUAAACUUUGACAUUAUCAGGUGCUGUAAAGUGUGUAUUUAUUACAUUGACUUUUACCUUUCCUGCGAUUUAGUUUAAUACCUUCAAUAAUGCUACUCUAAUGCAAGUUUAGCUGUAGGUGUCCUUUUUUGUAGUAAAGAUAAUGUCAGAGUAUGCUCUUAAAUUAAGUAAUGCCAUUUUCAGGCCACUUAGCAAGCUGCUAGCAGUAUUAUCUCUUUAUUUAAAGCCACUUAGAUUUUGUAUUCAAUCUCUGCCUAACCUGUACUGACUAGAGAAUGCCUUGUAUAAUCUAGUCAACAGUCACUUGGAGUCUAGUAGCAGAAAUGGAGCAGUCCAGAAUUGUGAAUUUUUUUUUAAUGUUUUGCGGGUCAUCAUCAGUUGAUUGGAUGCAGUAGUAGUGUUUACUUAAUUUAUCUAUGCAUUGUGCUAUGAAUAAUUAGUUUGUUUCAGGGGUACAUCGUGUUUGUCAUGUCAUAAAUGUAGUAAUUCACCAUUACGUGUAAACCGAUGGGAUUCAUGCUUAUAAUCCAUUAUUCAGUUUUAUCAAGUAAUUCAUUUUCCAAGCCCAGCAUCAGAGAAGAUAUUCACUUCUGCAUUUUAUGUAAAUAAUUAGCAAAUAGCCUUUAAAAAGUCUAUUAACUGACCUCUUACACUUGUGAAUCUAUGUUAAUACAAAGGUUUUAAUUUGAUUCCUUGACAAAAGGCAAUAAUUUGUAGAUAUGUACAGAUAUUUUGAGUUUUGCAUUUUACCAGUUGACUUGGUGUUUAAACUUUGUUUCUCUCUUUGGAAAUUCAUGAUCCCGGGACACAGCUGAAACCACGCAUGCCAGCUGUGUCUGUUUCUCCAGUGUACCACUGAAAACGGAUUUACCUGAAGACUUAUUGAUAUUACUCAAUGUUGCGAUUUUUGCCUUCAAAACUUGCAGCCAUUUGUAAAAGACGCUCAUCCUUCUCUUUUCUUUUCUUUUUCUUUCUUUCCUUUUUUCAUACCGUCAACUAUAUUUGUCUUGAUGGUAAAGGGAUGGCUUCUGCUCUAAGUAUGUGGGGAGCUAGUUUCUCUUUUAAUGCAAUGUGCAUAAUGCAGUAGGUCCUCAAAGCUCUUCUAGCUUUAGCAGUGCAGUGAUAUUUAUUUCACCUGUGGUUUGUACAAAGACUCAGAAAAACUGUCAGAAUGUAAAGGCCAUUAAGUAGUAGAAGUAGGUUUUUCACCACCCUGUGAACUCUCCAAAAUGUGAUAUUUUAUUGAUAUCUCUGGUAUGAGACUUGUGUGUGCAAGACAGCACCAAACAAAUUUAUUUUAUAUUUUGUAUUGUGUUUUGAAGUUUAAAAAGGAAAAACAGAUAUAGCAGUUGUGGUUUUGAAAAAAGAAAAGUCCUUUGAUGAAAACAAAAACACCUUUGUGAAUAAAAAACUACAAAACUUAAAAAUGUAUAUCCAGAAUUAUAGACAAUCAAAAACUUCACUAUGAGAAAUGUUCAAGAAGCUAUCUUUAUUGUUUAUAAGAAUUGUACAUAAACAUUGACUUUUUUUGUUUAAACAUUAUUUUGUAUUUCUGUUGUACUUUAAUACCUUGUGUACAGAUCCAGAAAUAAAGCUCUGGAA